AUGGCGACAAAGCAACCAGAAGCCACAAUUACGCGCGAAACGAGAAGCACAAUAUCAAAUUCAACGGAUUUUUCGAAUCUUUCCGGGUCUGACAAAAUCGAGGAGGACAAGUAUAACCCCGACCCCAAUUACUCGACACUUUUCGAUGUUCCAAAUUCUUCGGACUAUAUAAGAUAUACAACGGAGUCGGGGUGUGACUUCAAAAUUAUACAAAUGGCGACUAUCGAGAAGUGUGUGCAGACGAUGUUAUCUAAAGAUUUUAAUGAUGGAUACUUCCAAGAGUGUUUUGUUUUGGCGUAUCGUUUGGUGACAACUCCAGAAAGGUUAUUAGAGCUAUUAAAUAUCUUAUUUGACCCGACAGUACCCGAAGGAAUGGACUGGGAUACGUUUGUGAAAGACAUUGUGGCGCCGGGCAGACUGAAAAUCAUGAACUUUGUUCGAAUGUGGAUGAAGAACGCGUGGAAGGACUUUGAAGGGAAGGAAGAUCUCAUCGACAAACUCCAACAGUUGAUCACCCGGUUCAAACAGUUCAAUCCAAAAAUGAGUUCCAUUCUUCAAAAGCAACUUGAACAUCGAAUUGCAAAUGUAGACACGUGUAGUGAGGAACAAGUCGUCUUCCAAAAGCCCUUGAAACUUAUUAAAAACAAAUACUCAAAUAUAUUCAAAUUCCACCCCAUCGAGUUUGCACGACAAAUCACUCUUAUGCAAAACGAUCUCUUCAGAAAGAUCCCAUACGUCGAAUUUUUGGGAAACGGGUGGACCAAGAAGACAAAGGAUUUGCUAACACCAAACAUUAUGAAGUUGGUGCGCUCAACUCAAAAACUGUUUUCUAUAGUCCAGACGUUCAUUUUGAACGAAAAGGAAGUUGGAAAUCGUGCAUUGGCUAUACACUACUUUUUGGUAGUUGCCGAGGAGAUGAGGCGAUUAAACAAUUUUGAGGGGAUGAAAGCUGUAUUUGGGGCAUUGGGGUCGUUCCCCAUAUUCAGACUCAAAUACUCGUGGGAGGGUAUUUCGUCUGAGGACAAAGAAAAUGAAUCAAAAUUAAAUGCUCUUUGUGACCAAGAGAAGAAUUUCAGCAAACUACGAGAAGUGAUGAAAAUAGCCGUUUCGCCUUGUAUACCCUUUUUGGGGAGUACAAUGGGCGACUUGGUGUUUACUGAUGAUGGGAAUAAAAAGGGUGACACAGAGAAGUCCUUAAUCAACUUCUUUAAAAUCAGAGGCAUCGGAAAUUUGAUCAAAGAGAUCAUGGUGAAACAAGCCGUGCCUUAUCCUUUCAAAAGAAAUGACACUAUUAUUGAAUACUUCGAGCAGUUCCAAAUUGUAGAUGACGAGGAGGUUCUCUUUGAUAUGUCCACUAAACUUGAAGAGAAGCGUGGCGAGAUGACACCCGAGCUCGAAAAGAAAAUUGCCAAAUGCAAGAAGGAAGGGAACAGUGCGAUAAAAAAAUACUUAAAAUACGUUUCUAAUUGA